GCCAUGUUGUCACGUGAUCGCACGGGCAGGCAAGGAGCAGCAUUGAGGUGAAUGCGCCGGGUCAAAUACGGGGUAUCGGUUGCAAAAAUUCAAGCGUCUAAUUAAUACGGUGAGAGCUGAGGCGGCCCGGAGCGAUGGAUGCGCGAAAGCUCACGGAGCUGCUGCGGGCGACGAUCGACCCCGCACAGCAAAAGGAGGCGGAGGGACAGCUUAAUCAGAUUCACAAAAUCAUUGGUUUCGCUCCAACGCUGUUACAGGUAGUAAUGUCAAAUGAAGUUGAUGUACCUGUUAGACAGGCUGGUGUAAUUUACUUAAAAAAUUUAAUUACUUCAAAUUGGGCUGAUAAAGAGGCCGAUAGUGGACCCAUAGAAUUUAGCAUUCAUGAACAAGAUCGUGCAAUGAUACGCGAUGCCAUAGUAGAUGCAGUGGUACAUGCUCCAGAAAUAAUUAGAGUACAAUUAGCGGUAUGCAUCAGUAAUAUAGUUAAAUAUGACUUUCCUGGGAGAUGGACACAAAUAGUGGACAAAAUUACGAUAUACCUUCAAAAUCCAGAUGCUUCGUGUUGGCCUGGUGUUCUCCUUGCACUGUAUCAGCUUGUUAAAAAUUUUGAGUACAAGAAAGCAGAAGAGAGGGGACCAUUAAAUGAAGCAAUGAACUUGUUAUUCCCUAUGAUCUAUCAAUUGAUAUUACGCUUAUUGCCUGAUUCAUCCGAACAAUCUGUCCUACUUCAGAAACAGAUACUAAAAAUUUUCUUUGCUCUCACCCAGUACACACUUCCCCUUGAUCUUAUUUCAAGAGAAGUAUUUUCACAAUGGAUGGAUGUAGUAAGACAAAUAGCUGACAGACCAGUACCACCAGAGAUCAAUAGUGCAGAUCUUGAUGAUGACGAACGCGCGGAACUGCCUUGGUGGAAAUGUAAAAAAUGGGCGUUACAUAUUUUACAUAGAAUGUUUGAAAGAUAUGGUAGUCCAGGAAAUGUGACCAAAGAAUAUCAAGAAUUUGCUGAAUGGUAUUUACAAACAUUCAGUGCUGGUAUUCUCGAAGUUCUUUUAAAAAUUUUGGAUCAGUAUCGUAGGAAAAUCUAUGUCUCUCCUAGAGUAGUACAGCAAUCAAUUAAUUAUAUCAAUCAAGGCGUGAGUCACGCAUUUUCUUGGAAAUUUUUGAAGCCUCAUAUGUUUGAAAUUAUACGUGAUGUUUUAUUCCCUAUUCUCUCAUAUUCCGCCGCCGAUGAGGAACUGUGGAACACUGAUCCCUAUGAAUACAUCAGAGUGAAAUUCGAUAUUUUCGAAGAUUUUGUUUCGCCCGUAACAGCAGCACAAACUUUAUUGCAUUCAGCAUGUAGAAAACGAAAAGAUAUGCUUCAAAAAACCAUGCAAUUUUGUCUAGAAGUUUUAACUAGUCCAAAUGCAGAUCCAAGACAAAAAGAUGGUGCAUUACAUAUGAUUGGAAGUUUAGCUGAUGUUUUAUUGAAGAAGAAAAUUUACAAAGAACAAAUGGAUAAGAUGUUAUUGCAAUAUGUAUUUCCCGAAUUUAAUAGUCCUCAUGGCCAUAUGCGAGCAAGAGCUUGUUGGGUGAUGCAUUAUUUUUCAGAAAUUAGAUUUAAAUCAGAACAAAUUUUAGUCGAGGCAAUUAGACUGAUUACAAAUGCUCUCCUUAAUGAUCAAGAUUUGCCUGUUAAAGUUGAAGCAGCCAUAGCACUUCAAAUGAUGCUUGCGGCACAGACUAAGGCUCAGAAGUAUAUCGAACCGUUAAUAAAACAAAUUACACUUGAAUUAUUGACUAUUAUAAGGCAAACGGAAAAUGAUGAUUUGACAAGCGUUAUGCAAAAGAUUGUCUGUACAUAUACUGAACAACUAAUGCCAAUUGCUGUAGAAAUUUGUCAACACUUGGCUGCUACAUUUAGCCAAGUGCUCGAAACAGAUGAAGGUAGUGACGAGAAGGCGAUAACAGCAAUGGGUCUCUUGAAUACAAUAGAAACAGUUUUAACAGUAAUGGAAGAGCAUCCUCAAAUUAUGUCACAACUUGAACCAAUUGUUCUCCAAGUAGUAGCUCAUAUCUUUGGACAAAGUGUAAUGGAAUUUUAUGAAGAAGCGUUAUCGCUUGUUUACGACUUGACGGGCAAAAAUAUAUCUGAAGACAUGUGGAAAGUUCUGGAGCUCAUGUAUCAGCUUUUCCAAAAGGAUGGUUUCGAUUAUUUCACUGAUAUGAUGCCUGCGCUGCAUAAUUACAUUACUGUCGAUACUCAAGCGUUUUUAUCAAAUGAAAAUCAUAUUUUGGCUAUGUUCAAUAUGUGUAAAGCUGUUUUGACUAGUGAAGGUGGUGAAGAUCCUGAAUGUCAUGCUGCCAAACUGCUAGAAGUCAUAAUUUUGCAAUGUAAAGGACAUAUAGAUCAGUGUAUACCAUCACUCGUACAAUUAGUGUUAGAGCGUCUAAUGCGUGAAGUUAAAACUUCAGAGCUGCGAACGAUGUGUCUUCAAGUAGUUAUUGCUGCUUUAUAUUACAAUCCUGCACUGUGUCUGCAAACAAUGGACAGAUUGCAAGGAAACUUUGAUCAAUCGGCAGAGCCGCUCGCUUCACGUUUUAUCAAACAAUGGAUUAGUGAUACAGAUUGUUUCUUGGGUUUACACGAUCGUAAAUUGUGCGUUCUUGGAUUGUGUACCUUAAUCAGCAUGGGUCCUGCGCGACCUGCCGCUGUGAACGAAUGCGCGACACAAAUAAUACCAUCCUUAAUCCUAUUAUUUGAAGGUCUGAAGAGAGCAUAUGCUGCUAAGGUUGCAGAUGAAGACGAUGACGAGAAUGAUGAAGAAGAAAGCGAUAUUGAUGAAGAAGUUUUGUCUUCUGAUGAGGAUGAAAUAGACGAUGCUAAUCAAGAAUAUCUCGAGAAACUACAGGACAAAAUAACGCGAGCGUCCACUCAACACGGUUUUAAUGUUAAUGCAACUAUACAAGAUGGUCAUGGUGAUCACAGAUCUGAUGUUGAUGAUGACGAUUCAGAAUAUGACGGCAACGAAGAAACCGCUCUCGAAAGCUACAUUACGCCCCUAGAUUCUGACGAUUCCAAUCAAGAUGAAUAUGUAGUUUUCAAAGAAGUUAUACAAAAUAUUGAAAGAACCGACAUGACCUGGUACAGAGCGUUAACGAGUCUUUUAAGUCCUGAACAAGAAAAGGCUCUGCAAGAAAUUAUCCUGUUGGCAGAUCAGCGUAAAGCAGCUUUAGAGAGUAAAAGAAUCGAACAGAGCGGAGGUUAUGCCUUUCACUCACAGACUGUGCCCACCUCAUUUAAUUUUGGUGGAACACCUUUAAGUCGAUAAAGACUUAUAAUCACAUUUGAAUUUUAGAUUAAGUAAGUAAACAAAUUAUACAAAAUCUGGAACAGCCAUUUGUAGCAAUCAUUACUAUAUGAUUAUUUCUAAAACAUUACGCAUUUCAUAUUUCCUAUUUUUGUGUAAACUAAUUGUACAUUACUAAAGCAAUUCAACAAAGUCUUACUUUAAUACAAUGACAUUAACACUUUAUCUCCAUGAGAUCAGUCUUGUGCAUACUGUUGUUUCAUUAGUCGAGACAGCAAAUUUGCCUUGUAGUGGUUAUAAGACAGAAAAAUGUUAUGGUCAUACAAAAGAAAAAUAUGUAUGUACAUUCUCUUUUAUACAAAUUAUAAAUUUUACUCAUAUGAUUUGACUCAAUCGAAGUAUUAUAUCCAGCAAGCUAUAUUUUCUUGAAAAU